CCGUUGCGGCGCACGAGCACGAGAACGAGCACGCUUUAAAACCCCGCACGCCCCCACGCCGCGCGCACAUCACCUCCUGCCCUCCUCCUCCCCCAGAGCCGGCAGGCAGGCAGACGCGGAGAGGUAUCGAGCCAUGGACAUGGAGAUCCCACAGCAGCAAGCCGCCCACGGCCAGGACGAGAGCGGGCCGGCGGCGCCGCCGCUGUCCCCGGCCUCCGCCGCGGCGGCCGCGCGGUGGAACCCGACCAAGGAGCAGGUGGCCGUGCUGGAGGGGCUGUACGAGCACGGCCUGCGCAGCCCCAGCGCGGAGCAGAUACAGCAGAUCGCGGACAGGCUGCGGGAGCACGGGCACGGGCACGGCGCCAUCGAGGGCAAGAGCGUCUUCUACUGGUUCCAGAACCACAGGGCCCGCCUGCGCCAGCAGAGGCAGAAGCAGGAAAGCUUCGCCUACUUCACCAGGCUCCUCCGCCGGCCCCCGCCGCUGCCCGUGCUCUCCAUGCCCCCCGCGCCACCGUACCGUCACGGCCGUGUCCCGUCCCCGGCCACGAUCACGAUGCCGGCGCCGCCGCCGCCGACGCCCGCUGCAUGCUACAACAGCGGCGGAUCGCGUGCAGUGAUGUACAUGAAUCCAUUCUACAUGACUGUGCCACAGCUGCCCCCUGCAAAUGCUGCUGCCUACUACUACCCGCAGCAGCAGCAGCAGCAGCAGGUGACAGUCAUGUACCAGCAGUACCCAAGGAUGGAGGUCGGCCAGGACAAGACGACGACGCCCCCGGCCGCCACGUUCCAGCAGGCCGCAGCAGCACCGCGCGGUGCCGCCAGCACCACCCCACCGCAGGUGCUGCACUCCCCGUCCCCGCCCGCCAUUAAUAACGGCGCCCGCGGGCCAGCGGAUCAGCGCGUCGGCCGCCCCAGCCGCGACCGCGACCUCGAGACGCUGCAGCUGUUCCCGCUCCAACCCACCUUCGCUCAGCUGCGGCGCGACAAGGGGAACGCCGCCGCUGGCAGCAGCGCCUCCUCCCUGACGUCGACCGCAGUGGCGGCGUCCGCUUCCGUCGUCUCCGAGGACGCCGAGAACCUGGAGAGCGCCGAGUCCAACGGCGGCGAGGCGCCCGCGCUGCCGUUCUAUGACUUCUUCGGCCUCCAGUCCGCCGCAGGCCGCUGAUGAGAUCAGGCGGAGCGAGCUAGCUCGAGUGGAGUGAUGAUGCGAGCCGAGAACCAGACGCUCGUGCGGUCUCCAGUCGAUGGACCCGAGACGGCGAGACCCGUUGGCCGUUGCCUUCCGUUGGGCUAUGCUAUGGGUGUGCUUCAUCUAUCAACUCGAUCCAAGCCUAUGCCGAUUGCCGAACAAGACUGCAUGCGUUUCUGUGGCAACAAUGUAGUGGUUGACCGUUUCUUUGCAUGUUCAGUUCUACCGAUGCUUGCUAGUAGUGAUCGCCAGAGUAAGGUUGCUGUGACUGUGAACAUUCCUUCCAUAGUUCUAUUUGCCUGUUGAAGAAACCAAA